AUGAGUCGAACAAAUGUUAAACAAAAUCUUGACACACGACGUGUUACACAGGAAUUAUUUACAUUAACUUAUGGAGCAUUUGUUGCACAAAUUCUUAAUGAUUAUGAACAUGUCGAUGAAGUUAAUAAACAACUUGAUAAAAUUGGUUAUAAUAUGGGUGUUCGAUUGAUUGAUGAUUUUCUUGCUCGCAAUCCGACUGUUGGUCGAUGUCAUGAUUUUCGUGAAACAGCUGACGUCCUUGCUAAAGUAGACGAUUAUUGUAUUGGANACUGCGUUAGAUAUAAUUUAAUUGAUAUUUAUAGAGAAAUUGAUUUAUUCGUGAAUAGCUUUGGUUAUAAUAUGGGUGUUCGAUUGAUUGAUGAUUUUCUUGCUCGCAAUCCGACUGUUGGUCGAUGUCAUGAUUUUCGUGAAACAGCUGACGUCCUUGCUAAACAAGGUUUCAAAACUUACUUAGGUAUAACACCAUCAAUUACAAAUUGGUCAGCAGCUGGUGAUGAAUUUUCCUUAUUACUUGAUGGUAAUCCAUUAACUGAAUUUGUUGAAUUACCUGAUGGACCAGGUCAAAAAUUAAGUUAUAAUCAAAUGAUAUGUGGAGCAAUACGUGGUGCUCUUGAAAUGGUUCAAUUAGAAGUUGAAUGUCGAUUUGUUCAAGAUCAAUUAAAAGGUGAUAAUACAACUGAAUUACGAGUUAAAUUUUUAAAGAAACUAGAAGAUGCUUUACCGAUUGGCGAAGAUUAA